GCACAUCCGGUGCUCAGUAGAAGUGAAGGGUUCUACCUCACUCUCUGUCCCACCCACUCGAAUUACAGUUAUCUGUUACCGGACAAAACAAGGCUUUGAAGAGGAGACCGUCACCUAGGGAUCUGCCAACGUACAUUUCCGGCACUGCCUCACGUCCCGCGCACGCUUUACAUAUAUGCGACUAAGCCGUCUACAUUCGAGCCUCGAUAUCAAUGAUCUGUUGAAAACGCAGAGAUUCAGCUAUGUGAUUUCGUGAAUGCCCAACAGGACCCCGAGGACUGACUUCCUUCCCGUUUCUACCGCCGUGUAUCUCGCCAUCACGUGAAGCGUGAAGACCGAGAGGAAUGAAGUCGCUAUCCCAUCGUUUUGCAUCUAUGCAUUUCAGCACGUGGGCUGGACGAGACCCCGCGCCUGGAAGCCACGAGCAGAAGGGAGCAGGAGAGGAUCCAACUCGACGUUCAAGCGAAGAUGACCAGAUGGAGUGGAUGACACACUACACACUACGCAUGCGUAAUCGAGGCAUGGAUUCAUACCAGAUAUUCCGCUGGCCAUAUAAACGCGAAUUCCUUCCUUUCCGGCUGUAUUCGAAAUCUACUACUGAGAGCUCAGCCUUCUGUCCCGGCUCUCGUAAACCGAAAUGCAGUGCACGCAAUGAACUAUUUUCAGAUCACUCGUCCCAGUUCGACAUCCCUUUUUCGGCGCACGGGUUUUUACUUCACGACCAGUGGACGCCUUGGACAUAUGCGACCAGGCGAUCUACAUACGAGCGUCAAUCGCAGAGCUACGUGAUCCGGCGAACGCCCACCAGGACUCUGAGGGCUAUAGGCUGCACGAGGGUUGAUUCACAGCAUGUAUCUCGCCAGCGAUAUGCGCCCGUGGAGAAACGUCGUUUCACUUCGACGGCACACAUUUCAGUUCGAGACCUGGAUGAGAGCUUGUCACAAGCAGGAGGGAGCGGACGAACACAUUCGAGCGAAGAUGAUCGUCUGGCAUGGAUGACACUGAGGCUUGGAUUCAUGCCAGAGUGCCCGUUCGCGUCAUAG